AUGGACCUCCAAAAGACAAAGGAAGCCCGUCGGGAUACGCCGGCCAAGCAGGAAGAAAGCACAGAAUGCCCCUUGGAGCCGUAUGGCGGAACCGGUCAUUCCAAAGAUUCACCCAAGAACGACUCGCUCGGUCAUCGCGCGGACCCGGAUACUAGGAAGAAUUCCACCACUCGGGCUCGUCGACCGCAAGAUGCGCGUCAACCGCCAUCCACCCCUCCAUCCGCCCCCCCAUCCGCGUCUUUGUCGUCGUCAAUCACGACUAGAGGUUCCCGGCCAUCGUCCAAAGCGCUGGGCAUCCCGGUAGCUUUGGGCUUGGGGUCCAACGAGCGGAAAUUGCUCUUGACGGCCAAUCGAUAUCCGCCCGUCACGAAGAGUACGCUGAGCGAACUCGACCUACCUUGCAUCAUGAGUAACAUCAACCUCCGAAUGGAUGCCAACUUUGAUCGGGAUCUUCAUUUCAAACCCGAUCUGGACGGCGAGAAGGGCCGACGGAAACGGCGGGAGGCCUCCGACUACUGGGAGGCCAUGGCGGUAGAAAUCAGCGUGUACGCCUUUUGUGCCGCCGGGGGGCUGGACAAUCCGAGUGAACAACAACAUCAUCCCCUGGCGGAGGACCAACGACAACAAGCCUUUGAGCCCCGACUUCCCGCCUUGUUCGAAACCUUGCAAGAUGUUCUCAAAACCCUGGUCCCCGAACGCGAUCAUCCGAGCGUCAUGCAAAACCUGGAGGUAGCGUUACUGAUGCAACAGAUCCAGAAGGGCGUUCUUGACAUGGUGGGGGUCGCAAAGUGGCUUGCGGCGCUUCUCAAGACCCAUUGCGCGCCCAUGCGCGAUGAGUGGGCGGAUCGCAUGGUGGAGCAGAUUACAACUGGCUCGCAGUCGCAAGACUCUUCAGAAAUUGUCCGUGGUCUCCAGACAUUAUUUGCUAUUCUGGAGGCUAUGAAGUUGGAUGUCGCCAACCACCAAAUACGGGCGUUUCGGGUCCUCCUCGUGGAGGAUACCAUUCCCUUUCUCCAGGAGUAUUUUACCGGAAAGAUCGAGAGAGACAACUUCCGGGUCGAAUCGUCGCGCCUGUGGUACCAGCGUCUACGGGAACGAGAGCUACGCAUGGAAAACUCCCCGCAGACCGACAGCUUUGGGCCGCUGUUGCUUUUAUUCCAAGGCAUCUCCGACUUUCUCCUGCAGUUUCAUAACCCAGAUGGAUUCCCCGAAACAUUCGUCUUCGAUUCCGACCGUCUAUGGCAGCUGCGAGCCUGUCUGCAAAACGUCAUCAGCCUCGACAUCUGCUGGUUCAUCUUCGAGUCGUAUGUCCACUCGCAGAAACGCUAUCUGUCGGCGCCCGCGCAGACGUACGCCACAUUCCGGUCUCGGAUUGGAUCUCUGAUGGAGGAGAACGAGGACUGUGCGCGUGGGUCAUCUCAGUGGCUGAAAAAUGUGCGCUGCAUCUCCCUGGAAAUCGCCCGGUUUGCGAGCGCGGCCUGCUGCGGCGACGCCACGAUAUCGGACGACAUCAUUACCCCGAUCGAGGCCGCCCUGGAGUGGCACCUGUCCAACGAGUCGGGGCUGUUCCAGUGCUUCCAGGGGUCUCUGCGCGAGAAGCUGCUGGAGUCCACGUUCCGGACAGCCAAAAAGUACUUGAAUAUGUCGCCGUUGGCGAUCUGCGAGUCCCAGCGACACCACCCGCACACGGUUGCGGAUCACCAGCAUUACAGCGUGGAGCGGAUCUCGAUGCGGUUGGCGCACAUCGGCGUGCUGCACUGGAGGGUAUGGGCGCCUAUUCUGUAUGUUUGCGAGAGCGCCCUCCACCGCUGA